CUUAUUGCGGAUUUUUUUCAUUUGUUUGACACAGUUCGCAAUUCCACCAAUUGAUGGUAGCAAAAAGGAGAAAGGGAAUAAAUAAGUUUCCCACCGAGGGAUCUCUAUCGGCAAAACUAUUCAAUAUCAACGAAGUCGAAAUCAUGAAUGCAGAUCGAGAUCCUCCCGGAAAGGAACCCCCUGAACUCGUCAGGACGAAAUCUAUCAAAAAGAAGAAGAAUGGAAAGAAGAAAACCGGAAAAAAGAGAACCGAGAAGCUAAGCCCAGCUCAACGACGAAGGAUGUUUGAGGUCGAUGGGCAUCCCCUGGAUCACUGGAAGAAAGACAAUUUCAAACCAACACGAGACGCCACCUGYCGGACGGUUUACGAACCCAAGGAAGGCAAACAAUUCUUUCAAAAGGCACUGAAAAUCGAGGACUACGACAUCAUGCGAGGCAACAAAGCAAAUCUCGAGCAACCCUAUUUUUCCAAGUAUAAUCGUUUCUUUCCGAAGGUAGGGCAUUUUUGCUGCAAGGCAUGCGGGAACCCGCUGUACUCGCACGACACAAAAUUCGACAUCGACGAUGGGUGGCCGGCCUUCGGGGCCUGUGUUCUCGGAGCGAUCGGUAUCAUCYCCGCUGCCGAUCGCAAGGCGCAGAUCGAAACAGAAGAUAAGGCAUGCAUYAAAAUACAGGCAUUCGUGCGAGGGAGUCAAUGCCGAAGCAGAGUUACAGCUAUGCUGGACAAACUGAUCGAAGAAAUGUUAAGACGAAGGGACGGGGGCAGCACAACAAUCGUCGAGAAACCCAUUGAAUCUGAUUCUGACUCCGAGUCGGAAGAUGACGACGACGAAUCAUUGGAGGGCAAGCACACCGGUUACGUCUUGUCGCGAACCCUAGGAGAAAACUAUGCGGAAAUACAUUGCCAUCGUUGCAAGUCGCAUUUAGGGGAUGUCUACGUGGAGACCAACACGGGAAUUCACGGAGAAACUUUUCGAGAGCACCACCGGGUCAAUGGCCGAGCGAUGAAAUACAUGCAUGCCAAUCUUCCCAAGAGGACGGAUGUAUAUGCUUCUCUCCUAUUUGCCGACCAUUCGCAGAGGCGGCGUCUUGGUCUUCCCGACACUUUCCAGAAAAAAWUGGACGAGGAUCGACAGGUUGUCUCUCCCUUUGUUCGAUACGAAUCUAUGAUGAUCCGCCCYCGCAGACCCUCCGAAUCUCUCAACAGGAGCGACCACGAAAGCACAAUCAACAAAACCAACCAGUUGAACCGCGGACCUACCGAUCCGCUCAGCGUCAGCAGCCACGCGAGUUUGAAUAGCUAUGGAAAAUCAAAGUCGCUUCGACCAGUCCGCGGAAAAAAGGCUCCCAGUGGUCUUAGCGUCAGCAUGCACUCCUUGGGUUCCCCCAGCAUAGGGACGAACCACUUGUUACCACYCCGUGGAAACCGUAGCUGUCACGAACCAAUGACAACGCCCCCCUCACGCCGAAGGCCCAUGAGGAGGGGCGGUACAAAUUCGCGGAUCGACAUUGAAAAGCGAAAGGCUUAUUUGGAAAGUACUCUUAAUCUGAAAGUUUCGUUCCACUGAUUGGCGAUAACCAUUGCGGUUGCAUGUCGCAACACUAGUUGUUGAAAAAAUGCGGAAGAAGAAUACAAACCUGGUCCAUUCAAGGAKUCAGUUGGUCAAUCGCCGUGAGCAAUGAAUAUUUGAAAACCGA